AUGCUGUUUCCCAACUUUGUCGCUCUUUUCGCAGCCCUCGCCGUCUCUGGCGUGAGUGCCCUGCCCAAGCGUAACUGCAAGACUCGGACGAGCGCCGUGACUCCCUCCGUCACUAGCACUCCGAGCAGCACCGACUCUUCGAGCAGCAGUGUCUCUCCCUCCAGCACCCCCAGCCCUUCGAGCGUGAUCAUCUCAUCCAGUGUCACUCCUUCCAGCACAGUCACUCCUUCAAGCACGUCCGGCCUCGAAAGCACCACCACCCCUGAGAGCUCGGCUACUCCCGAGAGUACGACUGUCCCCGAGAGCACAACUGUCCCCGAGAGCACAACUACCCCGGCGAGCACCACUCCCGAGAACACAACCGCUCCAGCAAGCACCACCACUCCUGAGAGCACCACCACUCCCGAGAGCACCACUACUCCCGAGAGCACCACCACUCCCGAGAGCACCACCGUCCCGCCAAGUACCACCGCUCCUCAGAGCACGACCAUCGCUAGCACAUCUACAGUCAACCCUUGUGCUGCUGUGACCAACCUCGUGCAGAACGGAGACUUUGAAACGCCUGGCGGCGCUCCGUGGUCAUUCAAUGGAGCAAGCCUUAGUGGGGUCAACCCUCAGAGCGGCAGCCUGUCAUACUUCGACAACAUCGUCAGCAUCAACCAGAGGGACUACAUACAGCAGACCAUUGGCGGGCUCGUGACAGGAGCGAGCUACACCGUCCAAUACAGUUGGUCGAUCGUGGCUGGCUCGCUCUCCAACAACAAGGGCUGCUACAUCGCCGCCCGCUUCGACGAAUAUGCCAACCAGGACUUUUACCCCUACCCCGUCGUUCCCCUCAGGCAGUACUACACUAAGACAGUAACUCUCGAGGCCCCCUCGCCUGUCAUCAACUUCCAGAUGUUCACCUUCUGCAACGCUCAGGCCAACGGUCUCCAGGUCACCCUCGAUGACAUUGCCAUCUACCAGAACAUUCCGGGCUGCCCGAUCCCGGCAAGCGCAAUCCCGGCAUAA